AUGGCAUUUCACAGAAUUCGAAGGUUGCCCUUCUCGCAGCUUCGGUACUAUUCAGCUCCACUGGAAAGCAAGGUCCCUGCAGCCAAGCAAAAGUACGUGCCUACAUCAGGGACAUAUCCCAAAGGUUUCCGUGUCUCAGGAACUCACGUUGGGGUGAAACCGACAAACACUCGUAUUCCAGAUCUAGGACUUUUCGUGUCAGAGAGACCUUGCACAGCGGCUGCUGUGUUUACCCAGAAUAUAUGCCAGGCUGCACCUGUUACCGUCAGUCGCGAGACGCUUCAACGGCGAGGAGGCAGCGAUAUUCGUGCCCUGAUAGUAAAUUCAGGAUGUGCAAACGCAGUCACUGGCAAAGGCGGGCUGGAAGACGCAAAUAGCAUGGCGGAAGCCGUAGACACAAAUUUACUACCUAAGCCAGAAGGAAGUAGCACCCUAGUCAUGUCGACGGGGGUCAUUGGACAACGAUUACCAAUUCGCAAGAUCCUCGAUGCAGUGCCCAAGGCUUUCAGUACCCUCGAAAGUAGUCAUGAAUCAUGGCUGAUCACUGCUCGAUCAAUCUGCACAACAGACACAUUCCCAAAGCUUAUGUCAACAACAUUCACAUUGCCUUCAUCUUCCGGUCGGCAAUAUUCACUGGCCGGAAUGGCCAAAGGUGCCGGCAUGAUCCAUCCCAACAUGGCUACUCUCCUCGGAAUUCUUAGCACCGAUGCACCAAUCCCUGUCGACACCCUUCGUACUUCACUCAAAUCCGCUGUGGACAGCUCGUUCAACGCUAUCAGCAUAGACGGGGACACAAGCACUAAUGACACAGUAGCUCUGCUAGCUAAUGGUGCUGCGGGUGGCGACCUGGUGAACAAAGCCGAAGAUGUGGUGGCUUUCUCCUCGGUUCUCACGACGUUUGCUCAAAGUUUAUCCCAACUUGUCGUACGAGAUGGCGAGGGCGCGACCAAAUUCGUGAGAAUCAGGAUAGCCAACGCCGAACAAGAGAGCGAUGCGAAGAAGAUCGCCAGUAGCAUUGCUCGUUCGCCGCUGGUCAAGACGGCGCUCUAUGGUAAGGACGCAAACUGGGGCCGAAUUCUGUGCGCUGUAGGCUACACUCCAGACUUAAGUGCUGGAGCCGUGGAGAUGGAGAAGACAUCGGUUUCGUUUGUGCCAACGGAUGGUAGUGGGAUGCUGAGACUUCUCUUGAACGGAGAGCCACAGCAGGUAGAUGAGGUGAGAGCCGCAGAAAUCCUAGCUGCGGAAGAUUUGGAGAUUCUGGUGGAUUUGGGCAAAAGGGGUGAAAGACUAGCAGAGGCGAGCUAUUGGACUUGCGAUUUCAGCCAUGAGUACGUUACGAUAAAUGGCGAUUAUAGAACAUGA